CCCUCGUCUUCGGGCGGCUCCCUUUGCACUUCGGUGCGCGCUCGCGCGAGGCCCCGUCAACUCUUUUUCUUCCCAUACUCUUCGAAUCCUUCAAACCCUUUACUUAUAAAAUCACUUAAUAAUUAACCGAAAAUAGCGAAAAAGGCAAGAAAAUAUGAACGAUACCCAUAAGCUUGAGGCCCCUCAAACAACAGAGGGAUCCCCGCAAAUCUCGAUCCGGAUUGCUGGGUUUUGAGGAGGGGAGACAGCGAUUUAAUCGGAAAUAGCAGUUGGGUUCGUUUCAAAAAUGCUGAAUUUUAAGCCAAGGUCCGAGUCCUCUGAAAUCCCUUCAAAAGGCUCUCGGUUAUCGCCAAGCUCAACGCAAUCAAGAUCAGUCAAAGGAUUAAACUUUCAGGUGGACUCGCAAGAUUCGAAAGCAGCUAAGGUGUUCGAUAAGAAAACCGCGAACAAGCCCUCAUCUUGGUUAGAGAGGCGAAGCGGUAAAGGUUCAGAGAUGCCGCCACAAAUGUAUCAGCUCCAAGAGGAGCUGAGGAAAGCGAGGGAAGAGAGAACAAGGGCCCUUGAAGAUCUCGAAGAAUUGAGAAGCAAUAAGAGGAUGUCGGCGCUUAGUAAUAAAGAAGAAUUGGAUGCUUUAGAGAAGAAGGUUGAGAAGGCAAAAGAAUCGGAAAGGAAAAUGCUAGAGGCUAUGAUCUCGCAAACUAAACAACUCGAGCAAACCAAGAUUUUGCUUGAAGAGGCUAAGUUAGAGAUAAGGUCACUUCAUGACAACAUCAAAAGCUUAGAGGAGAAUUCCUCUUGCAAUAUUCGUGAGAAUAUAGAGAAGCAGCAACGUCCUUCAGAUGUGAUUCCAGCCAGAGAGGAAAUCAUUUCGCUUAAGAAUGAGCUUAAACUAGCCACGCGAGCAGAAGAGAAGAGCAAAAAGGCCAUGGAUGAUUUGGCUGUUGCACUCAAAGAAGUCACUACCGAGGUCAGUCAAAUGAAGGCAGAACUCUCCACAACACAAUCUGAGUUAGAAAAGGCCAAAUUGGAAAGCGAGCGAUCUAAAUCUUUAGUAAAGAUCACAGAUGAUAAACUGCGCGCUGCACUUGAAGAUGCUGAGAGACUGAGAUUGGACUCAGAGGACUAUGUUGCUGGGUGGAAAGAAAAAGAGCAUGGAAUCAUGAGUUGUAUUAAGAUGUCUGAAGAGGAGAAUGCAAAAUUGAAGUUGGAGAACAAGAAAUUGCUUGAAUCGCUAAGAGGGUCGAGAGAAGAGACUUCCAAGCUUCGGGACAUAGUAAAACAAGCAUUGAACGAAGCUACCGUGGUUAAAGAAGCUCUAGAGAUUGUCAGAAAUGAGAACUCUCAUCUCAAAGAUUUGUUAUCAGUUAAAGAGAGUUCCUUGCAAUGCAUCAAGCAAGAGUUCGAGUGUCUUAAAGUCAGUGAAGCAGCAGCAGUUGAUAGCGUAAAGGAGUUGAAGGGCUUUCUUGAUGUGGCUUCAUCUAUGGUCUCAAAAACCCCCACAGGCGAGGUGAGCGAAAGCAAAAAAGUACUUAGAAUUCCAUCGAUUCGUUCAUGUACAAAUGAUGCAAAGAAAACACAUAGGAGGAGACAUUCGGUUGGUGAUUUUGGCAAGUUAAAGUCUACGUUGAGUGAAAAUGGGUCGUCGAUGGAGCAGAGAAAUCCGUUAUUUUCUUCAUUUAGUAAUGUAUCCGAGUGUAGAAUUCCUUCAUCUAUAUAUGCUGAAGAUGGGGAGACAUUGACAACCUUUGAUUUUGAUCAUGUUGUUGGUGAUCAAUCAAAUGGGGUUGAUUAUGGGAAUGGUUCACCUCUGAUACAGAAGAAGAGGAAGCCUAUGCUGAAAAAAUUUGGGGGAAUGCUUAACUGGAGAAGCUUCCACAGGUACUGAAAGCUUUAUCGUAUGUACAUUACAUUGUGUAUGCAUGAUGGAAACAGACUAUACUCCUCAUUUGUGCUCCUUAUGUAACUAAGUCAGGUCCCAACUUACCUCAAUCCUUUUUAUAGACAGAUGAAUGAAAUAUGUGCAAGUAAUGAUUGUGGUAUAGCUUUAUGUUUGAGCUUAUGUCGUACAAAGAAUGCAAUUGGUACAUUUUUA